AUGGCACGACUCAAGCUGGAUAUUCUGGGUCUGUGCGAAACGCGUUGGAGCGGAGAAGGCCAUUUCUCCAUCGGUGACAAGUUGGUAAUUUCAAGCGGCUCGCAAGACGGUGGAUAUGGCGGAGUGGCUGUCGUUCUGAGCGCAGCGGUGAAGAACAAAUCGUCUCUUGGUGGUGCGCAUACAGGCGACUCAUGUUCCUAUUACCAUCAUCCAAGUGCACGCGCCGACCUCGUCAUGCUCGGCGGAGGAAAUAGAUGGUUUUUAGGAAAAAUGCAAGCUGUCAUUGACGCCAUGAAGAGUCAUCAGGUAUGUGCAGUCAUGAGCGAUUUCAACGCCAAGUUGGCAUUUGGGAGAGACUUUGAAAGCGAGGUUGGGGACUAUGGCCUUGGACAGCGCAAUGAACGUUGGGCCAUGCUGGCUGAGUUCUGUAGGAUUAAUGGCUUGUGUUCGCAACACAGCUUUUCGGCAUAA